AUGCUACCGAAAUCGGUCGACGCUAAUGAGGCUCAGGGACGCCGAAGGAAUGAACGGGGUGCUGGACUCCUCGUGAGAGAAUAUAAAGACUGUGUUACUGCUAAGGGCGCACCACCGAAUCCCGAACCACCGUCGCGUAAUCUUCUCGCUACUAAACCGUUUGAAGCGCUAUCUAUGGAUUCCAUGACGCACCUGCCAAAAUCAGAUCAAGGCAACACAUUCUUGCUGUUAUUCCAGUGUGGGUUCUCUAGGUUUAUCAGCUGUAAACCAAUAAGUGAUACUAUAGCGCAAAAAGUUGCAGAAGCUUACAUGGGUCGAGUAUUUCAACGUUUCGGUGCUAGUAAUAUGGUCGGGCGUGACCGAGAUCACAGAUUCAUAAGCGAAGUCUUCACGAGAUUCCGAGAGAUGCUGGGAAGUAAACAGGGAACACCCUUAGCUUACAGACCUCAAGUUAAUGGUCAGCAGGAACGAUCCGUGCAGACACCAGACCGGAGUGACUGGGACGACCAGGUCGAGAAGUUGAUGUGGGAUUUAAACACGUCCUUCGACGCUACACGCCUAGAUACUCCGUUCUACUUAAAUCACGGCUGGGAUCCCCAAAAUACUGUGAGUACAAAUCUGGGAAAGACACCGACACGUUUUGAACAGAUGACGGCAUAUGAGUACGCUCAUGUUUGGGCUAAAAGUUUGCCAGCAGAAGCCAAGUUGAAACGAUCUAAAGCUCACACUCAAGUGUGGAAAGAAUUGUCAGAUAGGCUCAAGGUUUCCAAAAUCCUUGAGGUUUCAGAUGAUUUUCCCUGUAAGCUUAAGAUCGAAGGCACCGCCUACAAGGUAUAUCCUUGGGUGCAUACUCAAACCGCGUGCUUUAAUCCCAAAUUGACCUACCUAAGAGGAGUCUCAGACGACGAUGAACUCGAUGCUGCGCUGCUAUCUAAAGAUGUUUCUGAGCCCUAUGAAGCCCAGCAUGUGUAUGAGGUGGAAGCGAUCCAAGAUGUACGAUGGAUGAAGAGAAUUCGCACCUCUCGGAGGGUCCGAGAAUACUUGGUGAAAUGGAAUGGAUGGGCAUAA